CCUAUUGUACAUUAUGUUUCAUAUGAUAAGUUUUCAUCCUCACAUAAAGCUUUUCUUUCGGCCAUCACCAAUGUGUAUGAGCCUAAGACGUACCGCCAGGCAGCUCAAAAUUUUCAUUGGCGUCUAGCCAUGAAACUGGAGAUGAAGGUGCUAGAGGACAAUGGCACUUGGGAGCUUGUAUAUCUACCACCGGGCAAACGCGCGAUAGACUCAAAAUGGGUAUAUAAGAUCACAUUUAAACCCACAGGAGAAGUUGAGCGCUAUAAAGCUCGUUUGGUGGCUCGUGGCUUCACUCAAAUCCCUGGGGUUGAUUAUCAUGAAACAUUUGCACCAGUUGCCAAACUGGUAACAGUUCGAUGUCUCAUUGCAGUUGCUGCAGUACGAGGUUGGCCACUUCAUCAACUCGAUGUCAAUAAUGCGUUUCUACACGGUGACUUGGAGGAGGAAGUCUAUAUGAAGGUACCAGAAGGUUUUUCUAGAACAGGAGAUCACCGUGUGUGUCGUCUCAAGAAGUCCCUAUAUGGCUUGCGACAAGCAUCUCGGAAUUGGCAUGCUCGUUUCACAGCAUCUCUCCUUGAUCUUGGAUUUCGUCAAUCUCGAGCCGAUUACUCUCUGUUUGUUUCUCACCAUGGUGACUCUUUUGUGGUUGCUUUGAUCUAUGUUGAUGACGUCAUUCUUACAGGAAAUGACGACGCGUUCAUUACAACAGUGAAACGCCGACUUGACAGUGAUUUUAGCAUUAAAGACCUGGGGCCUCUUAAGUUCUUUCUUGGUGUCGAAGUAGCUCGCUCACCUAGUGGCAUUGUGCUCAACCAACGAAAAUAUGCGAUGGACAUCCUCGAAGAUAGUGGCCUUACCGGUGGGCGUCCCAGUGCCUUCCCCAUGGAGCAACACAAUCAGCUCGCACUGGCAGAAACCCCUCCUAUCACCGACCCUGGUCAAUAUCGACGCUUAAUUGGGAGACUUCUUUACCUUACCAUCACUCGCCCAGACAUUCAGUAUGCAGUGAAUUUUCUUUGUCAGUUCAUUGAUUCUCCUAAACGUGAGCAUGUUGAAGCUGCGGCUCGUAUUUUACGCUACCUCAAACGCGCUCCGGGGCAAGGACUUUUCUUCCCAAGUGCAAGCUCUCUCACCUUGCAGGCUUAUUGCGACGCAGAUUGGGGUGGUUGUGCCCUAACCCGACGUUCAACUACUGGAUACCUCAUCCGCCUAGGAGAUGCUCCGAUCUCACGGCGCACAAAGAAGCAAAAUAUUGUUGCUCGCUCCUCGGCUGAAGCAGAAUAUCGAGCCAUGGCUACCACCGUUAGCGAGCUUCUUUGGCUCCGCGCCCUCCUCCAAGAUCUUGGUGCGCCCCAACAUGGUCCAACUACUCUCUUUUGAGACAAUCAAGCUGCACUUCACAUUGCGUCUAAUCCAGUCUUCCAUGAGCGCACUAAACACGUUGAAAUGGAUUGUCACUUUGUUCGUGAACGUGUUCAAUCUCACGAAAUUGAACCGCUCAAGAUCAACACCCUUGAUCAGUUGGCCGAUAUAUUCACCAAAGCUCUUGGAGCAGAUCGGUUUCAUUCUCUUUUGUGCAAGCUGGGUGUUUGUACCCUUCACGUUCCAACUUGCGGGGGAGUGAAGGAAAUCAUCAAUUCGACAGCUAGCACCACAACUCAUUCAACCACCUAAGUCUCUAUCACAUUUACACUAGAUCUGAAGAUCUAAAAUUAUGACAAGAUAAGAUCCACAAUUAUGAUAGGAUAUGAUUUUCAUUUCUUUCUCUUCCCGGACAGCUUACUUUAGAGCUUGCUCCAAGUGUAUAAAUUCAGCUAGGCUGC